UACCACAUAAUAUAAGCGCAUGAGUCGAAUUUUUCACUGCAUACAGUACUUAGCCUUUCAUAGCAACUCUUGGUUUAUAUUGUAUUUGAAGUGUGUGUUAUAUUAUAUAUAAAUAUGGCUUUUAAGUAUGUAGCAGCUGUUCUCCUGCUAGCAGUUUGCGUACAAAGCCGCAUAGUAUACAAGAAGUCAGAUCUGCAGCCUGAAGGGAGUUUCUCUCAUUCCCUGCACAGCCCUGUGAUUGGACACCAUUUGGCACACCACUAUAUACCUGAAGAUGAACACGUCGAUUAUUACGCAUAUCCAAAAUAUGUGUUCAAAUAUGGCGUCAAUGAUUUUCACACUGGGGACAUAAAGACUCAUCAUGAGAGCAGGGACGGUGAUGUCGUUACAGGCCAAUACAGCGUAGUGGAACCAGACGGCUCCAUCCGCACCGUGGACUACACAGCCGACAAACACAACGGUUUCAACGCUGUCGUCCACAGAACUGCGCCUAUCUCACCCCAUGAAGCUCAUUUUUCACACUAAAUCUUCCUGAGGCCCUCUUCACAAUGGGCAGCGUUGGGCGAGUAGAGGCAAUCACGAUAGUGUAGACUGUAGAGAGCUGAGAGACUAAAAUAUGUCUGUAAUCGGCCGUCAAUUGUAGAUGUUUAUUCAUAAUCGACGUAACGGCGGCAAAUAUCGACGAUCAUUAAUUGUUGAGCCAACGCUGUCCAUUGUGAAGGGGACCCAUUGCAUGGUUUCAACUUCUACUGAGAUCAACAAUCUCUUGAGCAAACAAUUCUAAAUUUAAAUUUGGAACAGAUAUAAUUUGUUUUAUAAGACAAGAAAUGGCAAUCAAGAAGUAUUUAUUCGAAAUUUGAAAAAUUUUGAACAGAAUUUAGAUCUCAACCCGUUUUUCUGUUAUUUUUGUUAAAAAUUAUUAAUUGUAUUCAUGAUGCGUGUUUGUAUCUUUUGUACCAUAGAGUACCUGAGUAGGUUGUAAAAUGUGUUAAUUGUAAUGUUAAAUAAAAUUAUAUAGUUAAUAAUUGUUAAUUAUAAAUAUUUGUUGUGUGCUUGAAUUUA